AUGUCGGUGCUAAUAAAUGGCUCGCCAUCUAAGCCUUUCAACAUGGAAAGAGGUUUGAGGCAAGGUGACCCACUGUCUCUGUUUUUGUUUGUGCUGGUGGUGGAUGUGCUGCAUCGAAUGAUUGGAGAGGCAGUGAGGAAUGGUCGUAUAUCACCGCUGCAGGUUGGUAGAGAUAGUGUACCAUUGUCACAUCUUCAGUUUGCUGAUGACACUAUCAUCUUCUGCCCACCAGAGGAAGAGACUAUAAAGAAUUACAAGAGACUUCUGCGAUUCUUCGAGUUGAUGUCAGGCUUGAGUAUCAAUUUUGAUAAGUCCAGCCUAAUUCCAAUUAAUUGUGACGAGCAAUGGGUCGAGCGUAUGUGUAACCUACUGAGUUGUAAGGGGGAUGCUCUUCUAGUUAAAUACCUUGGAAUAUCUCUAGGAUCUAAUCCAAGGUUGGUGAAGACAUGGAAGCCUAUCAUAGACAAGGUGGAGGAGAAACUCAGCUUGUGGAAGGCCAAGGUGUUGAACAAAGCUGAGAAGUUGGUACUUAUCAAAUCUGUGUUGAACAGUCUGCCAGUAUACUAUUUGAGCUUGUUCAAGAUGCCGAAAGCUGUUGCUGAGAAAUUGAUUUCGCUACAGAGAAGAUUCCUGUGGAGCUCAGAAGAGGGAAGGACUGGUGAUGCAGGAGGAACUGGUCCCAGCGGAGGUAACCAGCUAUAG